AUGCAGUCUCUAGCCCGUUCCGCAAAAUUCAAGCGCCGCUCUUACGAGACUUCGAGGGAUAGGCAUCUUCCCGCGCUCCAAACACAUCCAAAUGAGCCGUCAAUCGUCCUGCUAGGUGAUUCCAUGCUCGAGCGCAUGAUCACGACUGGCUUGACGCCGAGUUUUCAGCCAUGGCCUUCACGGACCAUGAUCAGCAACGACAGUAUCGCUCAUCUCUGCAAAGAAGAUUCUGCUCCGACAAUACGACGCUUGCGGGGUGUUUUCAAUGCUGGAGUCGGCGGAGAUAAGUUUGAGAACAUCAUCUACCGUCUUGUCGGCUCAUCAACUCCCGAAAACCCUUUGGACAGCUUGCUCGACACUCUCCGCAACCGCGACGUGAAGCUGUGGGUGCUUCACGCUGGCACAAACAACUUGCGACCCAGGCGAGGGUUAAGCGAUAGUGAUCUCAGCUUGCUAAGACGAAUCAUCGAGGCGCUCCUGGAAGCCGGUGGGAAGGUGUUGCUCACCGGACUGUUUCGGCGGAAGAACAUCGACGACGAGUUGGUAGCAAAGGCCAACGAGAGUUAUCGGAGGAUGGUCGACGAGUUCAGGGAGGAUGGGAAUAGCCGGGUUGAGUUUCUACCGGCGCCUAAGGUUGAUUUGGAAACUUGUUUGGUGGAUGACGUCCAUCUAAACGUGAAAGGUUACCAGAUAUGGAGCAAGCCUUUGCUCCAGAAGUGCCCAGGCUACGCAGACCCAUGGACGGUGGUCCAUCGCCAGCAGAAUGCGUCAGCGGCACAUCAAGUUCAAGUUCGUGUCGCCAAACGGCUGAAAGAGAGAGGCGAUGCGACCUUUUCCGUGCGCACCGGAGGCGCUGAGGGUAGCUCACCAGAGAGCCACAGAAGCGACUCGUCAGAGGAGGAAGAGGUGGUCAGGAGGUCGAUGACGAUGCCCCAAUACGUUCAGUGCGACACCGAGGUCUAUUCGAUGAGACACUUCUAUUCGAAUUACACCUCGGGCAACGAGGUCGGAUUCUUCAACUUGAUGUUUGAUCUCAAACCACCCAGAGACUCACCGGGCGUUUUCGAGGAGGCGGUGAAAGCUACGGCGUUGGCGAGCUCGUCUCUCCAACUGUGCCAGGCAGGAAUGAUGGCUCAAGCAAAGCAGCACUACGGAAAAGCUCUGGUAAGGCUCAGUGCUGCUCUGAGAGACACUGAAAAGGCGAAGGAUGAUUCGGUAGUGGUGGCUUUACUCACGUUGGGCCUCUUCGAGGCCAUCAUACCCGACAAAACCCCGUCCAAGAUUGCUUCGCAUUGUCGUGGAUCACUAGCUCUUCUCAGGUACAGAGCUGAGCAAGGAAUCGCCACUUCGUUGGACAAGGCGUCAUUGGCCUUCAUUGCCCAGCUCGGGAUUCUUGAAAUAUUCAUUGGGCAAGAAGGCCGAUCACCCAUACUGAUGGGUCUCACUCAGGCUGCGUGGGCGCAGGGCGGCGUGGUUGAAUCUCUGAUAGCUCGGGCCAUCGACUACAAGUUCGUCGCUCAGAAGAUGAUUGUCUCUCCCGAUAUCCAUGACGCAUCCGUCGACACCGUUACAGAGGUGUUCAGAACGGGCAUUGGAAUCAUUCGCGACCUGGAGGCGGCGGCUAAUUACCGAGUCACAUCCCCAAGCCCUCGUCAGACACUAGUGGACGGCAUGGCAGAACCGGGCGUGAGCUCGUUCAACGGUCUUCUCAACCGGAAUUCAGAGACGAGCAACGCGAUUGCGAAAGGUCUCUAUCUCACGGUACGACUGCACAUCGUAGAGCAGGUUCUCAGCCUGCUCAUCGCUCUCGGCGAACCAACGCGCGAGCAACUCAGCACGCUUGUCGACUUACCCCACGGCUUGACGGCGCUGGAACAGGUAUGCGAGCAAAUUCGAGUGAUAUUUGGCUUCGACGGUAGGGAGACCGUCUGCAAGAAUCAGGGAAUGGGGUUCCAAGCGUGGGCCAUGUUUUGGCCCAUGAUUGCCGUGCUGAAGUCCGCUUUGGCCGACCAGGAUACCAAGUUAUGGGUUUUGGACAAAUGCUUGACGGUCAGCCAGGCGUCUGGGUUCGGGAUGGCAAUGUACCAGAUGGGCUGGUUCAAUGGGGGUCACUCGGAGAUGAAAGUUGUGGAUUAG